AUGGAGCCGGAGACUACUCCUUGCACUAGAUCAGGUAGGGCCCAGAUAAUGAAUUUGAAAAGUGGAGGUGUUAUAAUUCAAAAGAAGCUAGAGGAAAACGUGGAAUCCUUUUUAAGUCCAACUUUUAUUUACCUUCCUGUUGAGACCAAAAUGCCAACCAUGCAAGAGGGUUGUAUUUUCCAUUCUGUAGUUGGGAAAGCUUUGGGGUUCAUGCGGAAAUUGAGGAAGAUUCAAACAAGCCAUGAUGGAUAUUACAUUCAAGACUGCAAGCUUCAACAAAGAGGUGAAGUUAACGUGGAUAAAGUUAAACUCUUCAGCUUAAAGGAAUUGGAGAAGGCCACCGACAACUUCAAUACGAAUCGAGUACUUGGAAAAGGAGGUCAAGCUACUGUUUACAAAGGCAUGUUGAUAGAUGGAACAAUCAUUGCAGUGAAAAAAUUUAAGGUCCAGGGAAAGAUUGAAGAAUUCAUCAAUGAAUUUGUCAUCCUCUCACAAAUUAAUCACAGAAACGUGGUCAAGUUGUUAGGAAGUUGUUUGGAGACUAAGAUUCCUUUGCUUGUGUAUGAAUUCAUUCCUAAUGGUAACCUUUUCGAGUACUUGCAUGAACAAAAUGAGGAUUUGCCAAUGACAUGGGACAUGCGUUUGAGAAUUGCCACUGAAGUUGCAGGAGCUUUAUUUUACUUGCACUCUGCUGCUUCUCAGCCUAUUUAUCAUAAAGACAUAAAGUCAACAAAUAUACUAUUGGAUGAAAAGUAUAGGGCAAAAGUAGCAGACUUUGGCACAUCCAGAAUGAUUUCCAUUGAUGUUACUCAUCUCACUACAGUAGUUCAAGGAACAUUUGGAUACUUGGACCCUGAAUUUUUUCAAACUAAGGAAGCAAAAUGUUUAGCUUCACAUUUCGUUAUCUGUAAGGAGGAAAAUCGUGUGCUUGAUAUUAUUGAUGAAAGAGUGAUGAAGGAAGGGCAGAAAGAUCAUAUCAUGGAAGUUGUCAAUCUUGCAAGUAGAUGUUUAGAGUUGAAUGGAAAGAAACGGCCAACUAUGAAGGAAGCCACAUUGGAAUUAGAAGGUAUCCGAAGAUUGGAAGGAAAGUCUAAUGCAGAAGAAAGACAUAAUAAACUUGACGUAUAUCAUGAUUGCAUAAAUGAGGUGAUAUGCUUGUUUGUGGCUGUUGCGUUCAUGGGUGAGAUGCUGAAGCUGUUCACUUCAUCGAGUGAACGCUUACUGAUUCGACCUUCUAGCUGUAAGGAGGAUUCUUCCUUCCUUGUUGGAGUUCACAAUUUUAGUUAUGGUCUGUGA